UUCGGAUCCCUCUUUGCCUCACAACUCCAUUCGUCCAACGAAAAUGCUGCAUGUAAGACCGCCUUGUCUUCUCUGCAAGUGUCCGACGGCGAAUGGUGGUGUCCACCCGUCAAAAGUGGACAAGAAAAAACUUGACGUGCUUCUCGGACGAGAAGUGAUUGAUGACCAUGUCCUGAUUUGCUACUUUUGCAUUUGGCAGACGCGGUGCUUGGAAGAAGUCACGUCUUCAGCUUGGAGCCCGCGACAAAUGCGUUUGGACAGCACAACCAAACAGCUGAGGAAGCAUUAUUUUGCAAGUAACGUUCGUCAGUGUUACGUGAAAUUGAGGCAAAUUGAUCUGCCCAGCAGACACGAGGGCAAUGACCAGUUGAUCAUCCCGCCUGACUUCAGAGAAGCAGCCCGAAUGUGCGUCAAGGCAGUUUACAAGAGGCCAAAGGAAGAAGACGGUUACGUACGAUUCAAGUGCCUGUUUUGCACCAAGAAUUUUACCAGCAUGAGCCAGUACAAACUGCACGUUACAAUUGACCAUUCGCAAUUUUCAAUUGGCUGCCCUUCUUUCGGCUGCAUUAGUUUCUUUGCCGACGAAGAGGAAAUGAAAAGACACUAUGAUAUUUUUCACAAGAAAGGCUUUGAGGUGACUCAAACCAAUCCAAGAAGGAAACUGUAUCAAACUACAUUCUUCAUAUGCGACGAGUGCAAUUUGUUUUUCUCGACCAGGGGGCAAUUGAGGAAGCAUUGCGCAACUGAGACACGCGAGCGAAAAAAACAACGCAAAAGUCGUCCAAUCGUGAGCUGCGACAAUUGCUAUAAGCUAUUUCAGUACGAAGGUGCGCUGCAAAAACACCGGCAACUUUGCGGACUGUUCAGCUGCUAUGAGUGCUCGACAAGUUUCUACUUGCAGAAAGACUUGGACGAUCACAUGAGGAAAAUUCAUCCAGAGGUAGAAAUUGUAAUGCUUCCUUUUGAACAAGCCUCAUUUUUGUAUUGAUGACGGAAGUGAAAU